AGCAUCAGUUAGCUUUUCUCCGAAAACAAAAGAGAACAAUUCGAACAAUUCAACUUAAACUUUAAGUCAAAUAAUGAUGGGAAAAGCUUUAAUUAUCACCCUUUUCGGGUUUUUAGCUAUCAAUCAAGUAAUGGGGCGUCUUUUGGUAACAAACGUUCACAUGGAUAGUCACCCCGAUUACAUCAAGUCAACCGUUCAAUUGAAAAAAGUAAAUGGGCAUGUUUUGGUUUCCGGAGAAGGAUACGUUAUGCAAGACAUUGACUCUGACAUUACCGUUAGCGGAAAUAUUGCUGUUCUCAAUAAUGGUCGUUACGAGCCAAUUCUACGUAUUGAGCCUCUUAGCUUUUGCAAAUUCAUUAACGGAAAACGUAAGAGCCCAAUUUUGAAGUUGAUUUGGAAAAUGGUUUCGAAAUUUGGGCGUUUGCCACAAUCUUGCCCGGUUCGCAAAGGACAUUAUUUCAUCAACGAUUUUGAACUUGAUGAAGGACUUAUUCCUGCAUUAGCUCCCGCUGCUGAUUAUCGCGUCGAAGUUCAAGCCUUCGUCGAUGAGAUGGGCGUUCAAAAACAAAUUCACAAAGUUAUUGCCCAUGCUUCCAUCAUUCCUGAAGAGGAAGAAACUGACGCCUCAAGCGAUAGCCAAGAAUAA